CUUACCUUCAUUUUUCUCGGGACUCAACAAAUUGACAAGUGUGAAUGAGUUGAAGCAGAAACGGGUCCAGAGUGUUUGACCCUCAGACCUCCAGGGUGCGGCCUGUCUCUGAGCGUGCGGGCGCCAGGACGCGGAGGAAGCGGAGGUUACCUGUGGGACACGUGAGGACGAUUUUUAACCAGACACACAUGGAUGUCAGGAGGAGGAGGCCCAAUGAUGCUGCCCACGUCAAGCCUCCCAGCUUCAGCACCAAAUAGUCACAUCAGCCAGCUGAGCAGUUACCUGAGCAGCCACCACAACACGCCUGAAGAGGACGAUGAAACCAUGAGCACCAAGGAACAGGACGCCAUGCCAGACUCCACCCUAAACCAUGAUGGCCUCCGCUGUCUUCCAGAGUUCACCACCUUCGCUGAUGACUCCCUGUUCAGCAGACAGACUCAGCAGGAACACAAACACAACCACACUCUCCCUCAGCUGGGCCCGAGCUACUGCUCUUACCAGCCUUCUUGUGGCUUGCCGGCUGGAUACGGUCAGCCAACUCCAUUCCCCAGCCAGGCUGAAGGGUCGUGGCUGCACCCGAGCUUUCCCAGCAGCUGGUCGGGGUAUCCCAACAGCCUGUCGUCCCGUAUGAGCCAGAAAGGUUACUCCAGCUGUUCUGGAGAGAGCUGCCACUCCAGGCACAAGUUCCUGUCCCUGCCCGGCAGACACAGCACCAGCAUGAGCAGCCUGGAGCAGCCGCUCUCCCUGCGCUCCAACCCGCCUUCGGCCAACUUGUAUCACCAUACCUUGUCUCCAUACUCGUGCUCACCCCAGGGAGCCGCCUGCUGCGCUCAGUGCCCUGCAGACACCUUCAACAGGGGGCCUAUGGUCAACCACCCCGGGCCUCAGUACCACCCAGCGUACAGCCCUCACUAUCCAGGAGACUGCAGACGUCCUAGAGCUGGACACGCACACAUUGGUCACAAUGCUCCAGCUAAAGAGAAGCACCCUCCUUACAGCACCAUGCUGUCUCUGGAGCAGAGGAGGGUCUUUGUCACCUAUGAAGCCGACAACGACAAACACGUCAAUGAGAUCAUCAACUUUGUUGCUCUGCUGCGACACAACGGCUUCGAUACACAUAUCGACAUCUUUGAGCAGCAGUUCAGGAGCAUAAGCAAGAUCGACUUCAUGGAGCGGUACCUCAGUGAGAAAGAGUACCUGAUCAUCAUCAUCAUCAGUCCCAAGUACUACGAGACGGUGACGGCUUCGCCUGUUGGCCUGGAGAACGACGAGCGGACCUUCAACACUGUCUACAUACACAAGCAGCUCCAAAAUGAGUUCAUCCAGAAUGGAAGUAAGAAUUUCAGGUUCAUCCCCAUUUUGUUCCCCGGAGCUAAAAAGUGUCACGUCCCCAACUGGCUUCAGAACACAAAUGUGUACGGAUGGCCUCGCGACCGGGACGACAUUCUGCGGAGGCUCAUGAGGGUCGAGAAGUACAAUCCUCCUCCGAUUGGGGAGUUGCCGACCAUUGUUUCCAUCCCCAUAUAGAGAAACUCAGGCCUGGACUGAACCAACAGAGCCACCAGUCAUCUUUGAGGUGAAUAGAAAUAUGAGCAGGGUGUUUUAUUUUUACUUGAUUGUGACUGUGAAGAGAUUGUAAAUUGUUGUAAUGUGUUGUUGUAUUUUUCUUUAAAUAACAUGCAGUGCCAGUAUUGUUGUGAAAUUCAGGCGUACAGACUCACUGCAUCAUUGUGCAUCACGCUGCAUGUUUUAACCUGAACCUCCAUGUUCUGAUCACCACGAGUGAUGUUUACUGGUUGAAGCUGAUUAAUUUUACAGCCUGGCAAGUUCAUAAGUUUAAUUUGUCCCUGCAAAUGAAUGAUUUCUCAUAUUUUAUUGGGACUCACACUUGCACCUGUUAUAUAAUUUGAUAUAUGAUGAAUAGUCUGAUGACUGUUUACCAGCAGGCUUUCAUUUGAUAUGUAAACACUGACAGAUAUUCUCCACACUCAUAUCGCCCUCUCUUAUUGCAGUGUAUCUAAUGCAAACAGCUGCUGGAUGGAGUGAGUGAAAAAUAGCAUAAAACAUCAUUUACUCUGUUUUUACUGGUGCUCGGUGGCUGUUGUUUAAAUUAGACAGAUUCAGAUUUGUUUACAGCAUGUUUUGUUUUGUUUUCUGUGAUUUUUUUUUUGUACACCCAAGUUAUAGGCAACAUCACAAUUACACACAUCUAAUAUUAAAUUAUGGUAAAAACUU